GGCGCUCGUUGGCCCCAGCCCGCCCCCAUGGCUUCUCCGGACGACCCUCUGCGCGCAGAUCAUAUGUCAAAGGAGCCAGUGGAGGACACAGACCCUAGCACUUUAUCCUUUAACAUGUCAGACAAAUAUCCCAUUCAAGAUACGGGACUCCCUAAAGCUGAGGAGUGUGAUCCAAUUACUUUGAACUGCCCAACAAAUGCUGAUGUGCAGCAUCAGGGAGAAGAAAAUGGCUUUCCAGACAGUACUGGAGAUCCCCUUUCAGAUAUAGGCAAGGACAAGUCCUGCAAGGAGAACUGUCCUUGUUCCUCCUGCUCGCUCCGGGCCCCCACCAUAAGUGACUUGCUCAAUGAUCAGGACUUACUAGAUGUGAUCAGAAUAAAGCUGGAUCCAUGUCACCCAACAGUCAAAAACUGGAGGAAUUUUGCAAGCAAAUGGGGCAUGCCCUAUGAUGAACUGUGUUUCCUGGAGCAGAGGCCCCAGAGCCCCACCUUGGAGUUCUUGCUCCGGAACAGUCAGAGGUCGGUGGGCCAGCUGAUGGAGCUCUGCAGGCUCUACCACAGGGCCGACGUGGAGAGGGUCCUGCGCAGGUGGGUGGACGAGGAGUGGCCCAAGAGGGGCCGUGGAGACCACGCCAGGAACUUCUAGACCUCUGCUCCUUCUUGUUGGCCUCUUCAGACAUGGAAACAACCACAGGUUAAGGAGGAAUGUGAAUCUGUUCUUUUUUAAGAGUUUAGGAUAAGGAUAUGGAACAGUGGACAUUGGUUUUCCCCAAAGCUGGUGGUUUUGUGGAGGGGUAGGUUAUGUUUUGGUGGUGGAUAUUCAUUUGUUUAGUUUUGCACAUCUGUUUUAAUUUAAUAUUUGAAUCUAGAACUGGGAAACAUGUUUUGUAGGCUCGUAUAAAGACCAGGGCCAAAGCCUAUCAUCAGAAUGGAUUCGUGCCAUGAUGAAAAUAAAAUUAUCUUCUUCCUUAAAUACUGCUGAAGACUGAAAUAGGAACUAAGAUUGUUGAUGGCCCCAGACAAUCAUCAUCCCUAAGACCCUUCAAGAUCAACAGCACUCCCACAGCUUAGAAGAAAACGAUAGGGAGAAGUUAACCCUGUUUGGUCUGUUUGUUACUUUUUUUGUUAGGUGAAUUAGAGGAUACUGGUAUUAUGUGGUGAUACCCUUCAGAACAUAUGUGCCAUCUUUUUAAUUCAAAUACGUUAUAAACUGCACUAUCAAAAAUGUCAUUUGCUGAAGUAUUUUUGAAAGAAAUAAACCGAUGGAUAUUGGGAGGACAGGAAUUAGUAGAGUGAUAAGGACCAUGGGUAAGGUGUUUGACAAAGAGUGCUCAAAAUGCCCUGUGUUACCCAUGACUUUUUAAAAGUUAAUUUAAAAUUUACUUUGACAUAUUUUGUACAAGGCUGAGGGUUUUGCCCCUGAGAUGAAGCUCGGUUACGAAAUAGAUAAAAAUCAGCUGGCCCAAAGGUGCAGUGUGACCACCUCUAGUACCUAUUGUCCCAGCUUAAAUCAGGGCCCAAUAACAUUAUACAGCAGGUUAGCCAAGAAGGGGGAAUCUUUAAGGGUGAUGCUGGGAGGGAAGAUAUGCACUAAAAUCCAAAUUUAAAAAAAUUUUUAAACCAAGUGAAAAAUUGGAUCCGAAGAAUAUGUAAUGUUCUUAUUUGAUGGUUUAGGGGGAGGAAGAGUGUGGCGAUAGGAGAGUUGGUUAUUGGAGAGAUCAUAUUUUUCUAGUUUUUUGGGGGGAAAAAAGAGAUAGAAGGCAGAGCCUUGGUUUGCUUGACAAUUUCAUAAAAGUGCUAUUUGGUUUUGGCUAUGGGUUUAGAAGGUUAGGGCACUUUGUUCAAUUUGGGAGAAUUCUGUAUAAAUCCCUGAUUAAAACAAGCAAAAAUGGUGAACAGUAUUGAUUGGAGUACAAGAAAGAUUAGGAUCAACUCAAAAUUAUUUUCUAAAACACCACCAUUUUUUUCCACUAAUGGUUACAGUGGAUUUUCUGGGGUUGCUAAUAUAUAAAGUCAGCUUCACCAGCAAAAGUAAACUCUAAACUAGCACAGUCUACUGUAGAGACUUAUUCACACUUCUGAUUCAGUGUUAAUCACACCCAGCUCAUCUUCCCUUGUCAGAUUUAUCAGAUAAAUGUCAGGUUUAUCACAAGAUUUAUUUAAAGUAACAGGCAGUAAUAAAAUGUAGAGAUUUUAAAAAAUAGAUUCUUUUGCAAAUUGAUGUUGAAUGAGGUGGUUGUUAAAUAUUUAUUGUCAGCCACAUUCCAGGCCCUUGUCAGGGGGCUCUAAUCUUCUAGUAAUUUGAUUUUAUGUACCAUGUUCUCAUUAAAUGACAUGGGGCACGUCCUCAUAUGUUGUCCCAAAUUUACUGUGGGAAAAUAUAGACGAGCUUCUGGCAUUGAUUGUUGACGUUUUAGGGAAAUGGAACUAAGGGGUGUGAUUAUUGGGUGUUUUGUGGUCCCAGACCCCCAGCAGUUGGAUGCUCAUCACUGCUUGUAUCCUGCACCCCCUUGGAUAUAAGGAAUGGGUCCCAGCCUGACAGAUGUCCACCAACUGCUGCCUGGCCAGGUGUCACCAGAAAGUCCCUUCCCUCCCCAUGCUGCUGGGGAACUCCCUCCACUCCUUUCCUUUCACAGUCCCCUCUCUCAUCUCCACCCAGGCAGACUUGUCACCUCAACUCAACAGCAGCCUUCAGGGUCUGU